AUGGCCAAAGCUGGGUGGACACAGCGAGUGGCAAGAGCGGCAAGCGUGAUGAUUUCCUCCUAUGUUGCCAAGACUCUGUGCGUCGCGAGGUUUGCGCAUGCCUUUUUGGGACCAAAUGGAUCGGCUAUCGCCAGGAGGGCAUUUGUAGAGAGAGCACAUCAAGCAGAACCGCUGCAGCUUUACUACCUGGAUUGCGGCGCCGGGCUGUCGUUGCUGGAGGCGCAUCUGGAGAAGUACCGCUUCUUGCGCGGCACGGAGGUGCCGAGCGCCGACGACCUCGUGGCCCGGGAGAAGGUGGAGGCGGCGGGUCACAACUUGGAGAAGUACCCCUUCCCUCGAGUUCGGGACUGGAUCGAGCGCUUGAGGCAGACGGAUGCCACGACUACAGCUUCCGGAGAGGUGGCCGUCGAGUUCUUGGAGCACUCCCCGGUGAACUUGGACUACAUCAAGCAGCUCCGGAGCCAAGAGGAGCAGGAGUUCAAGUACCACGUGUACGCGAAGCGGGUCACCGAGAGCUUCGACGAGGACGCUCUCCCGAUGGAUCUGCCCCUUGAGACGCGCUGUGCUCGUUUCACCAUCGAGCCGGGCGUCUUCGAGAAGCUGCCCGGCCUCCACGUGGUCACGGCACUGGUGCUGAAUGCUCCGAACCUGGACGCCGAGGGCUGGAUCAAAGGCCACUUCGACUCUGUUUGCAAGAUGGUCGCUGGCAAGAAGCUCGAGGCCAAGAGGGGUCGGCUCGAUGUCUGGAAGCGCUACACCAGUGAGCUCAAGGACCGGGGCUCCGACAACCUCUUCCUGACAAAGGGUGCCCGGCGAGAGCCUACAAAGGGCAAGAGCUUCUCGGUAAACCCUCUGGUAGACUUCUACAACACCCUCUCCGUCAAGCACGUGGUCACUGGCGGCGGCUUCGACUUGGAAGCAAUGCCAGGGGAUCUCCGGUUGCGGCUUUCCAAGAAGGGUGACAGCUUCCUGGCCUUAGACAGUCAAGGUGGCCGGCCGGUGGAGGUGGAGCCUGGCGAGGUGAACUACAUCGCAGAGGGCGCGGACACGGAGACCACGGGCAACGUCGUCACCCGGCACCUGGCCUACAAGCAAUCCCGCCUGGGCCUCAUCCAGGAAGGCUCCAAGCACGUCUUCCUCAUGUUCGAGAUGCCUCCCGACCUGGUCGACGACGUCGCCCCCGAGUUGAUCCAGGACUUGCGCCGCCUCCCAGGCCUCUACAGCGAGGGCCACGGCGCCAGCGUCCACAUCCAGCGUGCAGAUCCGGAGCCUUCCAGCCUGAAGCUCGUAGUUCUCCAGCUGCGCAAAGAGACUGCGCGUGACUGCGCGUGA